AUGGAGCCAGAGAACGGCACUGUGAAGACUGAGUUCUUUCUCCUGGGAUUCAGUGACCAUCUGGAACUUCAGAGUCUCCUUUUUGCAGUGUUUUUCUUCAUCUACUCAGUUACUCUGAUGGGGAAACUUGGAAUGAUUUUAUUAAUCACAAUUAGUUCCCACUUGCACACUCCUAUGUACUUUUUCCUCUGCAUGCUGUCCUUCAUAGAUGCAUGUUACUCUUCUGUCAUUGCCCCCAAAUUACUUGUGAACUUGGUUUCUGACAAGAAGACCAUUUCUUACAAUGGCUGUGUCACACAGUUAUAUUUUUUCUGCUCUUUGGUUGACACGGAAUCUUUCCUCUUGGCUGUCAUGGCUUAUGACCGGUACAUAGCAAUCUGCAACCCACUGCUGUAUAUGGUGAUUAUGUCCAAGAAGGUUUGUUGCCAGCUUGCAAUUGGAGCAUUUUUGGGGGGCACUAUAAGCUCAGUUAUUCACACCGUGAACACUUUCCAUCUGUCAUUCUGCUCCAAAGACAUUAACCAUUUCUUUUGUGAUAUCUCCCCACUCUUCUCUCUGUCCUGCACUGACACUUACAUACAUGACAUCAUUCUGGUUGUCUCUGCCAGUUUUGUGGAAGCGGUCUGUCUUUUAACAGUUCUCCUUCUCCUCUCUUAUGUCUUCAUUAUGGCAGCUAUUCUUAGAACAGGUUCUGUGGAGGGAAGAAGAAAAGGGUUCUCCACUUGUGCUUCCCACCUGACUGUGGUCGUUAUUUAUCAUGGUACCUUGAUAUUCAUUUAUUUGCGUCCCAGCACCAGCCAUUCACUGGAUAUUGACAAAGUGACCUCUGUGUUCUAUACUUUGAUCAUACCUAUGUUAAACCCUCUAAUUUACAGUCUAAGGAAUAAAGACGUCAAAAAUGCUUUUAGAAAACUGAUUGGAAGAAAAUUGCUUUCUUAA